CCCUCCCCCCAUCCACCCCCAGCCCCCAGCCCCCCUGGCGACAAGAGGGCGAGGAGGCCGGCGAAGGCGGGGGCGGCGCCGCCGGCCCGUCGCUCGUGCGGGUUCGCGAGGCGGCUCUCCUGCCUGCCUUUGCCUUGCGGGAGGAGGUCUUGUGUUAGACAGAUGGCCAUGAAUGACCUGCUGCUGAGCGGGCUGGCUCUCCCGCACGCGCAGCCUCAGCAGAAACAGUCCAAGGAGGCGCAGUGCUAUAUCUGCGGACACAAGUUCCGCUGGGACUGGCUCUUGCGGCGCCACAUGCGGACGCACACGGGGGAAAAGCCCUUCUCGUGCCCUUACUGCCAGUACCGCGCGAACCGGAAAGAGAUGAUCCGCAGCCACAUCUUCCACCGCCACCUAAAGCCGCAAGCGGGCCUCCAGCAGCAACUGCAGUCAGCGCAACAGCAGCUCCAGCCGCAGCAGCAACCGCAAGCACAGUCGCAGUCAUCGCAACAGUCACAGCCUCCUCAGUCAUCAUAAUUUAGCCGUUUCGCCACAGCUUUUGUGAGGACCAAGAGAGCUUCAGAGACCCCGCCCCCAUCAGUUCUCGCUGACCCCCCCCCCCUCAGCUCUUGAAACCCGUGGCCCAUUAGCUUUCCCAGCUCUGGAGAACCCCGACUCCCGAGAACUCCCGGGCGCUGAGAGCCCCGACGCCGAACAGGCAAAGGAGGCACAGAGGUCGGUGUCGCUGUGCUCGCCGACCAGAGCUGACGAGGCUGGGAGGCGGCGACGCUAGACAGGCAGCUCGGAACGGCGGGGAGAGAGGAAUUCAGGAGUAAGAAGCAACAGAAGGAAGAGAAGGAGGAUAGAUUUUGAAGGAAGAGGAAUUCAGGAGAGCGAAACCGAAGAAAGAGGCAUUCAGGAGAGCGAAACCGAAGAAAGAGGAAUUAUAAGAGAAAGAUUCAGGAACGAGUGGCAAAGGAAGCGAGUGGCAAGGGAGCAGCUACAAGCAGUGACAAAUCACGCAAUACUCCAUAAAAAUCCGUGAUAAACAAAUACAAAAACAAACAGACAUGGCGACAGUCGGGAACAGUUUCUUAUUAACGGAUAAUCAAAGAAAUUUCGAAAUGUUUAUGAAAAUGACGCCAUUUUUUCCUUCUACGUUUCACACAUUUAUUUACAGUGAAGAUAGACAUUCUUUGAAUUCUUUGAAUUACACAACAAAAUAACCGCGACAAUUAACAUAACCUUUACGACUUGCGGUGACAGCUUGGCGAUGCAUAAAUCCAGGAAAAAGAAAAGGGAAAAGGAAGUGAAAGAAAGAAUGAAUAAUUAUAUAUUUUACUCAUGACAAGAAUAAUCAAUAACUCAUGGAGAUGAGCCGACUUCUGGAAAUCGAACUAAAUGAAUUUAUUUUAACGGCAUAUUUCCCUCUUAGAUCUGAUCGACCGAAAAAAAAUAUAUACAAUUUGAUUAUGCAUUUUCCUGUAAGCACUUAGAUAACAACAAAAAGUUUUAUGUUUAUUUAAAUAUUUUAGAAACCUGGAAAUUCUAUUUAUAUUCCUCCGACUCUUGUCUUGAUCUGUUGCAUACUUUGUUGAUAUCUUGUUCGUUAAGAAAGAUUUUGUUACAUAUCUGUAUAGUUUUGUGCAUCAUGUAUAUAUCAAAUUACUUCCAUAUGUAAUUAGAUAAGUAUUACUCCAGACAUAAUAAACAAUAUACAAAAGCAUUCUGUUAGUGGUGAUAAUCGCCUACAUAAUUAUACACAUAUUUAUUUGCACCUUAUAGCAUGUUUCUGUUUCUUUGCUCCAUUAAAAGAUCCGAUAUUCA